GGUGUUUUUUCCCUUUCUUUCUCUGCUGGAGUGCGGAGGGAAGGAGGCCGGAUCUGAGGCGACGUGCCGUUUCCUUCGACGCCGGAGCCGGGCCUGCCCCUCCUUCCGUCCCUCCUCCGGAGGCGGGCUCGGGCGAAGAGGCGGCGGCGGCGGGGCUGUCGGCGUGUGCGCGCCGCUCGAUGCGGGCCUGGCCCGGGGAAGGGACGAUGGCGGGCUGGCGGGCCUCUCCGGCGCUGGCCAAGGAGGCCUCGGAGCUGACGGUGAUGGACGUCUACGACAUCGCCUCGGCCGUGGGCCAGGAGUUCGAGCGUCUGGGCGACCAGCACGGCGGGGAGGCGCUGGCCCGGCUCAUGCCGCCGGUGGUGCGGGUGCUGGAGCUGCUGGAGGCCCUGGUCGGGCGCGAGCACGUCCCUCCCGAGCUCCAGGAGCUGCGCCUCGAGCUCGACCGCCUCCGCCUCGAGCGCGCCGACCGCAUCGAGAAGGAGCGCAAGCACCAGAAGGAACUGGAGCUGGUGGAGGAUGUCUGGCGAGGGGAAGCCCAAGAUCUCCUGACGCAAAUUGCUCAGCUCCAAGAGGAGAACAAGCAACUGAUGACCAACCUCUCUCACAAGGAUGUGAAUUUCUCCGAAGAAGAGCUCCAGAAGCAUGAAGGAAUGUCAGAGAGGGAACGGCAAGUGAUGAAAAAGCUGAAGGAGGUGGUAGACAAACAACGAGAUGAAAUCAGAGCAAAGGACCGAGAGCUCGGGCUUAAAAAUGAGGACGUAGAAGCUCUCCAACAGCAGCAAAACAGGCUGAUGAAGAUCAAUCAUGACCUGCGCCACCGCAUCACGGUUGUGGAGGCUCAAGGGAAAGCCCUCAUUGAGCAGAAAGUGGAGUUGGAGGCAUACCUUCAGACCAAGGAGCAGGAGAUGGGAGCACUGCGGGCCGAGCUGGGGAAGCUGCGAGAGAAACUGCAGGGGGAGCCUAGCCAAAAUGGAGAAGAAAUCCAGGUGGAAGAACCAAAUAAUGACGACUAUAUUUUGGAAUCAGAGAAGCUGGCCAUGGACUUGAAAGAUCCCAACCGGCCCAGGUUUACGUUGCAAGAGCUGCGGGAUGUCUUGCAUGAGAGAAACGAACUGAAAUCAAAAGUAUUUUUGCUGCAAGAGGAGCUUCUGUAUUAUAAGAGCGACGAAGCCGACGAGGACACGAGAUCUGCCCAGCCGACGACCAUCAUGAAUUCCAAACCAACCAUCCAGCAAGAAUCUGGAAUCAAACGGCUGUUUAGUUUCUUCUCCCGCGACAAGAAGCGGAUGCCAGCCGCGCAGAGAAAUGCCUCCUUCCAGGGCUCCUUUGGCGAAUGGGCCGACUCAAACAAAGACGACGUCUACACUGAACAAGGCCUGGAGGCCCUGCAACACCUGUGACUUGGGAGCUAGUGGUGGUGAUGGCCCAUUGAAACACGGAAACUGUACUCCCCACCCCAUUCCUUUGCCUUAUUCCGUUGGCUACGGGGCUUCGUUUGAACCGAGUGGCCACAGCGGAGUCCUUAACAUUUCCUUCGGGGGACUGCACUCUGAAAACUAGAUCCCAGUCUCUCUAGCAAUGGCUUUGUCUCCUCUGCUGUAGUCACUUUGCUAGAUUAUUUGCCAUGAGUUUGGACCGCUGUGUUAACAUUGCUUAACAAGUUUCCUUUAACCAAAAAGAAGAGACGGAUGCCAUUGCAGAAGAGUUUGACUCCUGUCCGGUUGAUCCCCUUGGACGCUGCUUGCCCAGUUUCUGGAGAAGGACUUUUCUGGACGACGAUCUUAACUCCUUAUCUCUUGUUAAGCCCACGCUGGAAAUGGAGCGGGCUGGAAAUGGAGCGGACUGGAAUGGGAUCACCCCCCCCCCCCAGAUGGGUGAGAACUGUGUUUAUUUUAUUUUUGGUUUGUUAUUUAUAGUGCCUACAAACACGAUUGACAAGGCGACAGUGCCUCGCAUUUUGCUCUGGAUUCUAUGAUUAUAUUAACAAACACUAAACGGCUGAAAUCCAUGCUAACCUUUUAAAAACGAGCUCUUUCCCAUCCUGGCGUUUUCCCUUUUUCACGGAGAGUGUGAUCUCUUUGGCGCUUUUGGAACGCAAAGCUUUUCAGAUUUCUGUCGUUGUGCUUGGUUCGGAUCUUCUCUGGAUCCCAGGCAGCCUCUCAAGGGGUGCCCCAUUGGGCCUCCAUAGCCUUGGGAAAAUCCAGCUUCUUAUCAGGCUGUUCCUGAGAGGGCUUUGGUGCAUAGUUCAUCUCCCUUUAGUAUUUUCUCAGGGCAGUUUGCAGGGCCCUCUUUUUCGGAGGUUUUUCACCUCCGCACUUACGCUACCGUCUUCCGGAAAGGCUUCUGUACAAUUUGGCGAGGGCAAAGAAUACCGCUUUACGUUGGAAGAGAGCGGGCAUGGAUGGCCUGCUGGUCCUCUAAAGUGUGGAAGAGCUCCUUUCUUGGACUACAACUCCCAGAACACGGCCACUGGCUUGUCAUUGGCGAUACUUUUGAGAGUUGCCUUUUCCCAAGCACAACUUGUAACAGCUUUUCCCAGAGUUGGUACAGCCCCUCCGGUUUUCAGCGACCCCUUUUGCAGUCUCAUUUUGCCAUUCGAGGAAAACUGCCCUUUCUUUUGCGGAGUUUUCCUGGGCUUUUCUGCCUCGGGUGCCAAAUGUGCGUGGCCCAUUUUGGGCAGUGUGUGUGCACCUUAAACUGGGUACAAGGGGCCACUUGCAACGUGUCCUGAGUGAGCCCUGCUUUGCAACUUUGAGCUGCUGCUGCUUUGUGCUGGCUGGGGGGAAAAAAAGAACUGCCAUUUGUUUUGAAGGUUUUCCUCUUGGGAUGAGAGCCUGAUGCUGCAGGACAGGGCAGCCUGAACCGAAACCCUUUUUUUAAAUGCAGAAAAGCAGGUGCAAAAAGUUGUUUCCCGGUGGCCAAAUUUAUUGUUCUUCUACUUAAGGUGUGAUGCAUCUUAUGUUGCUGCGUCUUAUCUUGAAGAGAUGGACUUCUUCUGUUAAAAGGAAUCAAACUCUCGGAGCGUUUGGCUUUGAAAGCUUGAUGCCACUCACAUUAGAUAGUCCUAAGCUAUAAGGAUGUGUGUUUGGAUGGGCAGUAAGGCAAAUUGCUAUCUUCCAUUUCUUCCAUUAAAGAAAAAGCUUGUCUUCCCAGACUUUUUGUCAUCUGCCACGCAGCUUCGACCCCAACCACCUUUAUCCGGACUAAUAAAAAUGUCACAAAGUUGUCUAGAACAGUGGCUUUCAGUGUUUUGAGAUUCAAAUCCCUGAAACACUGACUGUUAGCUAUGGGUUUCUGGGGGUUGGAAGUCCAAACAUCUGGCAGACUGGAGACAGAGAACAACUAUUCUAGAACUCUUUUAGGCUUCACAUUAAAAUACGGGUGGGAAGACAUUGUGUCAAAGCGUUAAAGCGUCAUAUUAACGCAGGAGGAGCAAUGUGCAGCCCUCUAGACAUUGCACUUGACAUCCCAGUAGCCCUAGCUAGGAUAGCCAAUGGUAAGUGUGGAUGGGAGUUGCAGUUCCUCAACCUCUAGAGCCCAACAAGGGACAUAGCAUAAGACCCCUUUUCACCAUGCAUAGUGCAAAUAUUGUGUGAUGACCGAAACCUAUCUGGGGUUUCCAUUGGAUAGAUGGCACAUCUUAUAUUGGUUUGCUCAAACAGAUUAGGCCUGUAUUUCUAUGCUUGGCCCACAAAGAGCUCCCUCUUCUACAAAACUUAGGUAAAACCAGCUCCGCACACUAGUAAAUUUUCUUUCAGCCCAGUCAUUUUUGUAUACUGAUUCCCUAGGCUGCUCUCAAAUCUUAAACCGCCUUUGUUGAACUCGGGUGUGCUAGAAUGCCACUAGAACUCAUCCUCAGGACACAGGAGGUACUGCAAAGCCCUCCCCCCCCCCAAGAAUAA